CCUCCUCUCCCGCGCGCCUCCAUUCACGCGGCUGCUGCGAUGAUGUUGUUGAUUUCUGCCUCCGCGCUGCUCGCUCGCUGGCAGAGCCCAUCUCGCCGCCACUGACGGGGGAAGCAGAGGCUGGGGGAGCCGCCGCUUCUUGUGUCGUUUGAUGGCGAGACCCUUGGCUGCUUCUUCGCCGUGCAUCUCAGACAGGCUCAUGGUGGCAAUCAAGGCGCUGUUGUUUUGGGCUCUGGUGUACAGUUACUGCGGUCUCUGCGCCUGCAUUGAGCUGCUGAAACUUUUGUGGAGCCUCGGGACGAGGCCGGGCAAAACCUUCCAGCGGCUGAUUCGGGAGAACCCGCCAGGCUGCCUGAAUGACCCCUCCUUGGGGACUCACUGCUAUGUCAGGAUCAAGGAUUCUGGAUUAAGAUUUCACUAUGUGGCUGCUGGUGAGAGAGGGAAACCACUCAUGCUGCUACUCCAUGGCUUUCCAGAGUUCUGGUAUUCCUGGCGUCAUCAAAUGCGGGAGUUUAAGAGUGAAUACAGAGUUGUGGCUCUGGAUUUGAGAGGUUAUGGAGAAACAGAUGCUCCUGCCCACCGAGAGAACUACAAGCUUGAUUGCCUGAUUACAGAUAUAAAGGAUAUCUUGGAGUCCCUGGGAUACAGCAAGUGUGUGCUCAUUGGGCAUGACUGGGGUGGAAUGAUCGCUUGGUUAGCUGCUAUUUGUUACCCAGAAAUGGUGGUUAAGCUGAUUGUUAUUAAUUUUCCACAUCCCUCUGUUUUUACAGAAUAUAUUCUACGACAUCCAUCGCAAAUGAUGAAAUCCUCUUUCUACUACUUCUUCCAGAUGCCAUGGUUUCCUGAACUUAUGUUUACAAUAAAUGAUUUCAAGACCCUGAAAAACCUCUUUACGAGCCCAUCUACUGGAAUAGGAAGGAAAGGCUGCAAGCUAACAGCAGAAGAUAUUGAAGCAUACCUUUAUGUUUUUUCCCAGCCGGAAGCACUAACUGGCCCCAUUAACCACUUUAGAAACCUUUUCAGUUGCUUACCUCUUCAGCACCAUGAGGUCACCAUCCCAACUCUGUUGCUCUGGGGAGAAAGAGAUCCUUUCAUGGAGGUUGAAAUGGCGGAAAUUACGAGAAUUUAUGUCAAAAAUCAGUUUAGACUGACUGUUCUGUCUGAUGCCAGCCACUGGCUCCAACAAGAUCAACCUGACAUCGUGAACAAGUUGAUAUGGACUUUUCUAAAAGAAGAGUCACGAAAAAGAGAGUAAUUUUUUUUUUUUGCUGGCACAAUCUAAAUGUUAAAAGCUCGUUAAUUGUGAUUCGAGCCAUAUCUGCAGCCUAGACAGAGCUCUGCUAGAGAAAAUGUUUUCAAUGUACUGUAUGUAUUGAUGCCAAUGUAAUAACAAGAAGGUGGUGUAAGACUAUGUAACGUUAGUGUUGGUUUUACCCGUAUUCUGUAUUUUGCACAUGAAACACUUGCCUUAAAAUGUUUGUGCUUGUACAACAAGGAAUUCAUAGAAAGUUGCUUAGCUUUGGUUACUCACUUUAAAAUUCUAAUGUGUGGUGCCUUUUAAAAAUUUAUAAUGAAUCAGUGCAGGGGUACCUGAAGAAGUUGCUGUUAAUAUGAUAAUCAAUUUUCAUUCUACUGAUUGGAAGGGAUAUUUUUGUUUUGGUUUUUAAGCUAUGUUUUUAUUGGUAAAGAUGUUAAUUUUUUAUCUUUGGGUCUAUAUGUUACUGUAGAAAUCUAAAGAAAACAAACUUUUCAUUUGAGCACAUCUGAGAUCAUAAAGUGACAAAUGAGACAUAAUUGUAAUGCCAGUUGAUAGCUUCCUGUGCAGUGAUGUUAACUGGAAAAAAAGUUAGGAUGUAUGCACACAGUGUUUUAUAAACUUUAAUGGAGCCUGAAGCAGUCACAUUAUGACUUGUGUAUCCUAGUAUUUGCCAUGUUCUAAUAAACUGCAACAAGUGUGGAGCCCUGAACGCAGCACUUUAUAAAGAGAUUUCUGUAUGUAUGGAAUUAAAAAAGUGAACUAUCUAUUAACAAUUAA